AAACAGGGCAGCUCCAAGAUCUCGGGCACUGAGGGGAAAACAAUUAGGUCGUCUUCUGGGCAUCGGAGCUCCCUCCAUCUCCGCAGGAACUCUCUCCAUGUCUAACAUUUCUUUCAACCGGCCUUUUAGGACCGGAAGUCCUCCGUCCUGAGCGUCCAAUACUGGAAGCGGCCUUUCUUUACCGGAAACCCUUUUCCAGGGGGAUCGGAAGACGGCCUACCCGGCCGGAAGUCCCACCUCUUUGAGAUUCCCCCACCCUUCCUUAAGUUUUUCUGUUACUUAUUUGCCUUCGUUUCUAUUCUCCGUUUUAUUUCUGCACCAGAGAAAGCUACAUUGUCUCCCUCCCAGCUCCACUAAGCUGGUUUCAUACCUCACUUCCCGAGUAGUCGGAGUUCCUUCCCUGACGCCCCCAUGUAGCUGAGAAAGUGGGACCUGGGGGUGGUUGGACCCCUGGGAUCCUGAAGGAGAGGCAGAGAGGGCGCAGAACUCGGCUUCUGCUCCUGCUAUCAGGACGCGACCUCUUCAGCCUUACCCCUCCCGCUGCCAUGCACCCUGCGGCCUUCCCGCUUCCUGUUGUUGUGGCUACUGUGCUGUGGGGAGCAUCCCCUAUCCGAGGGCUUAUUCGAGCGACCUCGGAGCACAAUGCCAGCAUGGACUUUGCAGACCUCCCAGCUCUAUUUGGGGCUGCCCUGAGCGAGGAGGGACUCCAGGUGAUGCUCUCCCCAUUUCCUUAUAGUCUCUAUCCUGGGCAGGGGUUGAGUAGCCGUGCUCUGGAUCAAACUGGAGGGGUUCCUUGUGGAGGCCCACCCAGAAAAUGCCUGCAGUCCCAUUGCCCCACCACCCUCAGCCCCGGUCAAUGGGUCCUAAAUGCCCAGAAAGCUGGGUAUGGUGCAGCUGUGGUACACAAUGUCAAUUCCAAUGAGCUUCUGAACAUGGUGUGGAACAGUGAGGAAAUCCAACAGCAGAUCUGGAUCCCAUCUGUAUUUAUUGGAGAGAGAAGUGCAGAGUACCUACGCGCCCUUUUUGUCUAUGAGAAGGGGGCGCGGGUGCUUCUUGUUCCAGACAAUAGCUUCCCCUUGGGCUAUUAUCUCAUUCCUUUCACUGGAAUCAUAGGACUGCUGGUUUUGGCCAUGGGAUCAGUACUGAUAGUUCGUUGUAUCCAGCACCGGAAACGGCUCCAGCGGAACCGACUUACUAAAGAGCAACUAAAACAGAUUCCUACUCAUGACUAUCAAAAGGGAGAUCAAUAUGAUGUCUGUGCCAUCUGUCUGGAUGAGUAUGAGGAUGGGGACAAGCUUCGGGUACUUCCUUGUGCACAUGCCUAUCACAGCCGCUGUGUGGACCCCUGGCUCACUCAGACCCGGAAGACUUGCCCCAUCUGCAAACAGCCUGUCCAUCGGGGUCCUGGGGAUGAGGAGCAGGAGGAAGAAACUCAAGGGCAAGAGGAAGGCGAUGAGGAAGGGGAGCCAAGGGACCAACCUGCUUCAGAGUGGACCCCACUCCUGGGCUCCAGCCCUACUCUUCCCACCUCCUUUGGAUCUCUAGCCCCAGCACCCCUGGUCUUUCCUGGGCCCUCUACAGACCCCCCACCCUCCCCUUCAUCUGCUGCCCUGGCCUGAAACUCCCACACUUGGGACCUCUGGUGAUCUAUUUGCACAAACUCUUCCUCCAGUCUAACAAGCUGAGGGAUAGGGGACAUUUCCACCCCAGGUUCUCAAACUGGCCUCAUCCUUUUGAGGUGGCUGGGAACCUUAGGGACAUGGUCUUUACUUCUUGGGUUAAUAAAAUUGUUUUUGUGGA